UCCAUUUCACCAAUCAAAUCAUUGGAAGGCAAAUAAUGGGUGAAGGCGGAGGCGGAGGUACAGAAUGGUUCCGUUUCACGGUUUAUCUGCUCAGAGGAAGAUGGUUUCAAGUAUUUGCCUCGUUUUUGAUCAUGGCUGGAGCUGGUGCAACUUAUCUCUUUGGUACUUAUUCCAAAGAGAUAAAGGCUUCUCUUGGAUAUGACCAAACAACACUCAAUCUUUUGGGCUUCUUCAAAGACUUAGGAGGAAAUGUUGGGGUGCUUUCCGGCCUACUCGCCGAGGUAACACCGACAUGGUUUGUACUUCUUGUUGGUUCUGCCAUGAAUUUUACAGGCUAUUUCAUGAUCUGGUUGGCUGUCACCGCUAGAAUUCCCAAGCCUCGAGUGUGGCAUAUGUGUCUUUAUAUUUGCAUGGGAGCCAAUUCUCAGAACUUUGCAAACACAGGAGCUCUUGUCACUUGUGUUAAGAACUUCCCGGAAAGCAGAGGAAUCAAGUUGGGUUUGUUGAAGGGUUUUACUGGGCUUAGUGGAGCUAUCUUCACACAAAUUUACUUGGCCGUUUAUGGUAAUGACUCAAAAUCUCUUAUUCUUCUUAUUGGGUGGCUCCCGGCUGCACUGUCUGUGGUGUUUGUGUACACAAUCCGGACGGUUAAGGUUGUCAGGCAGCAGCCGAAUGAAGUCCAAGUCUUUUACCAUUUCCUUUAUGCAUCCAUAGUUUUAGCAUUAUUUCUCAUGGUCAUGACGAUUGUUCAAAAACUAGUGUCAUUUUCAAGAGCAGCCUAUGCAGGAAGUGCCACUGUGGCAUGUGUCCUUCUUUUUGUCCCUCUUUUUAUUGCCAUUAGAGAAGAGUUAGUCCUCUGGAACGAAAAGAAACAACCUCCUACAAUGAUAGCCAUUGAAAAACCACCAGAAGUUGACCUGAAAAAAGAACCAUCAUCUCCUCAAUCUGAAAAAGAGCCACAAAAGGAAGAGGAGCCAAAUACUAAAUCUUGUUUCCUCACCAUUUUUGAUAAGCCACCAAGGGGAGAAGACUAUACAAUCUUGCAAGCGCUUCUCAGCAUUGACAUGUUGAUCUUAUUUGUUGCAACGCUUGGUGGACUUGGAUCAAGUUUAACAGCCGUGGACAACUUGGGUCAAAUUGGUGAAUCACUUGGCUACCCACAAAAAACCAUCAAGACCUUUGUAUCUCUGGUCAGCAUUUGGAAUUACUUUGGAAGAGUCUUUUCAGGAUUUGUCUCUGAAAGUUUGCUUGCAAAGUAUAAAACGCCGCGCCCAUUGAUGAUGACACUAGUCCUUUUGUUAUCAUGCGUUGGCCAUCUCUUGAUAGCCUUUCCAGUCCCUGGGUCAGUGUAUGUAGCUUCUGUGAUCAUUGGAUUCUCAUUAGGUGCUCAAUUUCCAUUGCUUUACGCUAUCAUUUCUGAGCUCUUUGGUCUAAAGUACUACUCCACAUUGUUCAAUUGUGGGCAAUUGGCAAGUCCUAUUGGCUCUUAUAUACUCAAUGUGAAGGUCACUGGGAUGCUUUAUGAUAAUCAAGCAUUAAAAGAGCUCGCGAGGAAGGGGAUUAAAAGAUCAGAAGUGAACGAAUUGACAUGCAUUGGAACUCAGUGUUAUAGGAUGCCUUUUAUAAUAUUGGCAGCUGUUACAUUCUUUGGAGCUCUAGUUUCAUUCAUAUUGGUGAUUAGGACCCGGAAAUUUUACAAGAGUGACAUGUACAAGAAAUAUAGGGAAACUUUGAGUUAG